AUGAAUAUGCCGCCAUACCCUUUCCCCAAAAUAACCCAACACCCACAGCCAAAACCCAACAGCCAGAAGAAAGAAAGAAAGGGAGAAGAGAGAACGAGAGCGGGGAGAGCAGAGGGGAGGAAGGAAGAAGAAGGAGGCGUCGCGGUGGGUAUCACCGCCACCGUCACCAUCAUUGUUGGCAGAGGAGAGAGGAGACCCGAGAGAGGAGAUCGCACAGUUGCCGCCGCCAUUCAGCUCGCCGCCGUCCCGCGCCGUCAUGCCACCGACCGAGGAGGCCAAGGAAGAGAGAACGAGAACGGGGAGAGCAGAGGGGAGGAAGGAAGAAGAAGGAGGCAUCGCGGUGGGUAUCACCGCCACCGUCACCUUCGUUGUUGGCAGAGGAGAGAGGAGACCCGAGAGAGGAGAUCACACAGUUGCCGCCGCCGUUCUGCGCCGUCGUGCCACCGACCGAGGAGGCCAAGGGUCACUACCUUCGAAGCUUCUGUCGUGACUGUGAUCGCUGCCGCCUCUGGGUCCGUUACUGUCAAGCAGAGUCGCCGCUUCUGGGUCCGUCACCGCCACUGUUUUCUCCGCCAUCGCCGUCCGUGGAGCUCGUCGCCGCCGGAGUCACAAGCUGAGGUGGGGGAGGAGGCCAUCUUCCUUAUGUUGAUGCAAUCACCCUGCUGCUAUUGCUAUGCUUCAGUUGUUUCUGCAUUUGAUUCCAUCAAAUUCGAUGUUGCUGUGAGUGUAAUCGGAGUUGGUGAUGUUGCCAUCGUCCCGGUUGUGUUGGAAUCGCCACUGCUAUUGUGA